AUAUUGUUACGGUCGACAACACACAUCGUUUUGAGCGAGAACCUACCUAUCAGCUGUCACGCCAGUCGCCAGAAACCGUUUGUCUCUGCCCCAAAGGACACGCACCACUGAAGACCAGCCUGCCUGGCUCUCUUGACACACACAAAAAAUAUAUCUACGUUUCUCCAAAAAGUGAAGAAGUGAAACCAUCAUCACUGCUAUUUCCGGUCCAAUUUCUGGUCGCUAAUCCAGCUUUUUUGCUUGGAAUACUUUAGAGGUUGUUCAUUUUUUUCGGUUUUAUUUUUGCCUUCCCUCUCUGAGAUUUUUAGAGCACCUUUUUUUCUUUUUUUUCUCUCUUUUAUUAUUUUUUUGAAGCUGUCUGUGAUUCGACACCAUAUCGAAAAACGCCAAUGACGCCUUCUGAAGAGACGAACACACGGGGGAUCGUAAUAAAAUAAACACCUCGGCGCACCUGUGGCGCGAACUGCCUUCCUUGGCGCGGAAAUCGCUUCUCCAUAAGCCCCUGGAAGCUCCAGGCUUUGGCGUCUGAGGCGGGAGAUGGAGCCGAGCUGAGGCAUUACGCAGACGGGGUCAUCGAGUAUAUCCACACAAUAAUGCUUGUGGAUGGAACCGAACGCUGCUGAGGGCAGGAUUUAUCUUAGGGAUGUGAUUGAUGUUAAUUCAAAUCCAAGAAACGAGCUGCUGCACUUCGACUGCUUUAGUGAGAAGUCCUAUUUUUACUUUCAGAGAGCUUGUGCAACAACGAUAUAAGGGAUCGUGAGCUUUUCCUAUGAUGGGAGUUGUGUUGUGUCGUUAUCGUCUUUCCCAUUGUCGUAAUUGUCAUUAGAGUCGCCUAGCGUGUCUCGACGGAUGGAAGCAAAAAUGGCAUCAUCAUCAUCAUCGUCGUCCUCCUCAUCAUCGUGUGAGAGACCUGCUGGAGUGAGUCUUCUAUCUCAUAUGGCGGGCGACAUGCCAACGACGUCCUCCCAUCGCCCUCGUGGUUCUGUAUACUCCCCUCGUGCGUCGUUAUCUUUCCUUUCUGUCCUCAUUUUCCUGUAUGUCUUCGCCGUUUGUGUAACUACCGCGGCCUCACAACAGUACAACAAUGGUGAGGAUAGCUUGUACAAUUAUUACUACCACCAUGACAGCAACAACUACAACGGCAUGGAUGAAUACGUGUCGGACUGGAGCCAGCAUGAGUGGGCCAAAAUGAGCGGGCGAAUACAGCAGCCCAAAUGCGUGGACAUCCCCAGUAAUCUAACUCUUUGUCAAGGAAUCGGAUACGAGACGAUGAGGCUUCCCAACCUGCUCGAUCACGAUUCUCUGAAAGAAGUGACACAACAAGCAGGUUCCUGGGUGCCUUUGACAAGGAUCGCCUGCCACCCAGACACAAAGGUCUUCCUCUGUUCCCUGUUCUCUCCAGUCUGCUUAGACAGCCUAGAUAGGUUGAUCUAUCCGUGUAGGUCGCUGUGCCAGAACGUGAGGGCCUCGUGCGAGAGUCGGAUGACUAUACAUGGCUUUGAGUGGCCAGCCAUGCUGGAGUGUGAGAAGUUCCCACUCGACAACGACAUGUGUAUAAUGCCCAUACACGACAUCAAACCUGACAACAACUGCACCGCUUGCAAGCACCCACAGACACACGAGGCUCUUAUUGACCACUUUUGCCGGUCAGAUGUUGCUAUGCGAGUCACUUUGAAGGAUCGCCGCGUUCUGGGCACCGACUUGGAGCUUGUCCUUCGAAAACGUCGCAAACUGUACAAGUUCGAGAACAUGGAGAAGAAAGAGGCGAAGAACCUGCCAGUCGUCAUCGCUGGAGGUACUGCGUGCACAUGUGAGACCAUCAACGACACUCAAGGGAAGUACCUGCUCAUGGGCAACAAACGCAACGGGAAAAUCGUCAUCAACUUCGGCAUGGCUUGGAAGCGCAAGGAUAAGGAGUUCCGUAAAGGUCUCCGCGCCAUCAGAAAGGGCGACUGCAAGCAGUUGUUCAAAACCGUCAUCGACAACUUACAUGAAGAUCAGAAGCAACCGGGGUCCUCGAAGAAGGAGCGGAGGAGGAGGAAGAAGAAACAGAAGCGAGGGAAGAAAGGAAAUAAAAAGGGAAGAAAAGGAAAAAGGAGGAAGGGAAAGAAGGGUAGGAAAGGUCGCAAGAAGGGAAAGAAAGGCGAGGACGGAGGAAAUAAGAUGAAAAAGCGCGACAACGCUAUGUCCAAGUCGGAGCUGGAGGACCGCGCUCUCAGUAACUUUUUGAAGGCGGCGGACUGACUAGCCGGUGUGUCGCGAAACGAUUCGAUAACGGACUUCAUGGAUUUCUUACAAACUUCCUGACAGAAAUACGUCAUCUAAAUGGAGAAUGAAGUUCUUUGCGGUUAUAAAAACUUGAGAACCCUGACAGGUGGACGAGUGCAUGAAAGAGGGCCAACAGAUAACUCUAAAAAACGUUUCCCAGUUUGUGUUCUCGCAGAAGCUUUUUGUGUGCGAACAGUUCUGGCCUGUCAUCGUGUUAGUGUGUAUUCGCAUGUGACGAUGAACAUUGUGACACACCAGACAAGUUGAAGCGUGAACUUGUAACUAUGACGCUCCUUAUGGGCGACGUACGGACCCUGCAUCUCAACCCAACCCUCUUGCUCUAUCUGUUGAGGGUUCGUUUUGAAAAUUUUGGUUUCUUAUUUUCAAAAAAGGGAAAUGGACAUUGACACUAACCUUCCCACUGUGGGAUACUAUUUUAGAUCGAUUGCUAACUGUAACAAAUAAUUACCAAUUAUCGUAAUCAUUCUUCACGAUGUGUCUCAGCUUCUGGGUCAAGCGCUAAUUGCUUAAAUACGUAAUGUAAAAAUACAUUGGCUUGGCUCUUAUUAUUACAAACUGGACUGUUCAUUUGAUCGGGUAUCCAGAUAUUUCCUCAGACGUUGGUGUCAAAGAUGUCUGAUCGGACGUCAUUUAGUUAGUUGUCAUCAUCUAGAUACCAUCUUUUAAAGGAUUGGGGUUUUUAAGGCUCUGUGCGCACCUCACUAGUUUAUGAGAAGUGUGCAUGUUUAUAAUAAUUGAAAAUAAAGGUUCUACUUUGCACAAAAUGGAGCGAGAUCUAUGUCUAUGCUGAGGUCAGUUGUUUCGGCUUCUUGCCUCGAACAACGUCCUGAUUCACGAGAACAGAGUUUUAAAAGCACCAGUGUGUCUCGUCAUUUAUCGACCUGUAAAUGUCUGAAAAAUGCAAAGUUCGUGGAGAAGUGAGUCAAUCUAAUUAUGCUAGGAGAUCACAACUCCAUCAAUUGAUCUUAGGCCCCAAUAUUUUUUAUAAUUAAUACGGAGAUGUUUUCAAAGGUUGCAAACUCAGAAGAAUUUAGAUAACGGUUUCCCCUCGAGAUGCCCAAACUCUGUAAAGACCGCUACAGACAAGUCGUAAGGCUUUCACCCUGAACUGAUUAUGAAAAAAAAUGCGAAGCGAAUAUCAUUAUUACCUUAAAUACAGUUCUACUGGUACCAUUGUACAGCCGUGUGAGCCUUUAGGUGGUCACACGACUGUAAAUAAUAUGCCCUUAGACUUUUUACUGAUAUUGUAUUUUUAAGCCUACAACAUUAAUCUUAAUGCUACAAGUAACAUUUGCCAAACCAGCACCAGAGAAAGAAAUACAAAUGGUUGAGAAUACUUUCACCUGUAUACAAUUUUUGCGUGUCCCACUGGCCUGACCCCGAUCCCCAUCUCCCAGCGUUUUUGUACAUCAGUACUUGAUAUGAGAAUAAUGGCAGAUGCCUGUAUCAAACUAAUAUUACGUAUGUGAACUGCAUAAAUCACAAGCGUCCACAAGGGGUGCGUGUGUAGAGAGAGCUCCUUAAGACUUUUAAUAGUCUCCAUAAAGCCAUUAUCCCCCUGUUAUUUGGCGCUGAAGGAUUUGGAGAGUGUGGCAUUAGGAAAAGGCUUUGCAGGAUUCUUGGGCUUUGUUUCCCUGACUCUAAGAAGUCACAAAGCCUGUAACUUUGUAUUAGGCAAAGCUGCUUGAUAGUUAGCUGUUUAUACUGAACAACCACGUGUACAUGUAUUCAUUGCUUUAAUCGUAUAGAAUUACAAUUGUGUUAGUAUUUUUUACUAUGAAAAUGGAUGUUUCUUUUUGCAUUUAUACAAAUGAUGUGUCCUUAAAGUUUUCGUUCGUAGGUUUGUUUCUUUGUAUAUUUGUUUCCCUUUUGCUUAUUUUUAUAAACAUUAUUGGAGAUUAAUGUAAAUAUUGAGAGUUCUCAGUAGUUGAGUGUUCCAUGUGUAGUGUCUGGAAUGUGGUCUUUGAAGUAUACAUAAGAGCUGAAAUCGUAGUCAAAAAUAAAAAAUCCAAAUACAAGAUAAAUCAACGCAUGCUCAAAGAAUUAAACUAUACUUUAAAGAUCUCAGAAAAAAGCAUCACAUUACGAGAGAGUACGUGUAUUUCUACUGAAAUUUAACAAAAAAUUAAUUAAAUUGAGAUGUAGAAAGUGUACAAAACCAGAAUGUUCCACAAGUAUAAUUAAAAUGGCCAUUUCUGAAGUGUUACGAUUCGUGUAAGUUGAUGCAAUUCUUCUACAAUGUUAAGUCGAACAAUGGUACAUACUUUGCAAUUAUUUUCAGCAUGCAAGCUUAUUACAGAUAUUUGUUCAGAGCUAGAGACUCUCAGAGGUUUACUGACUUUCCCAUUGGAAUCUCAGCUAUUGAAUGGCCCCUUUUCAUCUAACUCCUUUUGUCGAGAAGAGACGCCCUUCCGAAGUGCCUGCCCUAAUUUACAAAGAAAGAAAAAAAAUACACUACUUGAUUACAAAUUUGGAUUGCCUCAAAGCUAACAAAGGUAUGUGCAGUGAAGAACUUGAUAGUCUAACAGUUGUGAGCGUCAACUGACUCUUUUUGUCCCACAAACUGCCCCCUCCCCCUCCCAACAAACUGCUUUCCCCUUUGUCUUACUUUCAUAAAUUAAAUACCUGACCGACUUGAGAGCUCGCGCGGUUUUCAGUACAUUUGUCAGGGAGUUGCAGGGUCUACCGUCAGUGCGUCCCUGCUAUAGUGGGAACAUUGCUGUUCUGUCUAAGAUAAUGCUGGAGAUGCAGCUUUUGAAUUAAAGGAACAACUAACAAAACUAAUUGAUUGACAGUGACAGUAUAGUGACGUAUCUCAAUGGCGUCGGAAAAGUCAGAGUACACACACCCUGAAAAACAAUGUUACUAGAAGCAGUCUUCUUCCAAAUCGAUUUAAAGAAUGACAUUGUCUCGUUAACAACUUAAAAAAUUUCUAAUCAUUGAAUUAAUUACAAUAACAAAGUGGAAUCAUAGAAAGAUAAAAUUCCUUCAAACUUGUUCCAUGAUGUUUAUUGAGUCAGAAUCCUUGUUGUGUUUUUCGUGUACAUGUCAAUGCUGUUUUUUAUAUAUUUCUAUCAUCCCUGAUAUAAUGCACUGUGACAAGUUUCCGUUUGGCAUUUUUUCCAUUGUUGUCUAACAGUCCAAUGUCUAGCGGAGUAAUAGCGAGUAGAUUUUCAUCCCAAUUAGAACCCUCGUGUAUAAUAUUAUGGUCUCAUGCUAUGCCGUUUUAAGUAAGACAAAGAUGUAUUGGUGCAGAGUGUUCCAAACGAGGUUUUUCUUUUGAAAUUCCAAGAAACGUAGUGCAAAAGAAGGGCACUCAGGUUAAAUAAAUAUUUCACAAAAGCUACUCAAAAUAAAAUGUUUCAUUUCUGUCUGAAAGAAAUGAUUCUCUUGUACAGGUAGUGCAGUCAAUAGCUACGACUGACCUGUGAGCUCAGUCUUGUCCAACGCACGCUAAAAUCCACUGGAUUUUCUGUACCUAGUAACAUUUCAUUUUUCUGUUGUUGUUUCUUUUCAGAAUCAGACGAUUGCCUGAACACAAAGCUCCUUUCAAUUCAGCAAACAAGUUAUUUUCUUUCCAAGCUUUGAGCUGUUUCAGUUCUUCGCAGACUUUGUGUGCUUGUUAGCUCAAGCUUCUUUUGGAACACUUUGUGCUUUUCUUAUGAAGCACAAUAACACUACAAGCUCACAGAUUCCAGUAAACCUAUAUUUCCCAGAAGUAUGACUCAACGCGCUUUCAUGUAUACCUUUGCACUUGACAUGGUCGCGGCAUGGGGGAUUUUCUGAAGUAGGGAUCUGCUGCAUCAAAGGGAAGCCAUAGAAAUUGAUCGAGAAUAAGUACCAGAUGAUAAGCAAGCGGAAGUGGUCAGUAAGCUACCAUUGAGAUGGAAAGUGAGAAUGAACUGGUGGGCCAAGACAAUUAAAGUGAGCUCAUGGGAAUCCUCGCUUGGAAGUCAUCUUCUUGACUAUAGGUUACCUGGAACUCGUAUUUUUACUAUCAGUUUUUUUUGGGUUAAAAUGAUAUAUGUUUGUGGUACUGUCUAAAACUUUUUAUUACGUUAAUCACCUUUGAAAGAUUUGGAUGCAGUUGCACACUGAAAGCGGUUUUUGAUCGGGCAUUACGAUGACUUUUUUUUUUUUUUAGAUAAGGGGGAUACUUAGGUUACAGGGGUCAAAUGAAUACAAGAUGUAAACUGUCCUUAUUAAACGAUCAGGGCAACAAGAAGAUAUCUAAAGUACUCUUGGGCACGCCUGUUUAAUGUCGACCCUUCCCCCACCCCCAGAACAAGAGAGCACACCAAUGCCCAUCAGAAUGUAAAGACCACUGCCACCAGCAUUUGAAGCCCAAAAUAUUCGUGUCCAAGAUUCUUAAGGAAAUUUGCUGGUAUCAUGGAAGCAAUAACUUCUGUAAUCCUUCUGGACACCACAGAUAACAAAUAGAAUUCUAAAAGACAAUUUGAGAUGCUGUUAGAAAAGGUAAGACAUGGGUUGUUGAGCUACAUGUAGUACACUCACAAGAUGGAAAAAGACUGGCUAUGAUUUCAGGAGAUACUCUCCAUUUCUCAGUUUGAAUAGGGUAAGUCAGGUGGGUUUUUUUUUCAAUACACCCAAUUGUCGCUCCACGCACUCGAGGGAAGAUAAAGGAUUGAGCUUUAAUGGAGUUCUGAUAUUCUCCACAAAACCAAGAUAGGGCUACAUCGCUUCUCUUUAAUAUUCCCCCCACCGCCCCCCUUCCACACACUAAGCAUUUCGAAUAACCUCAGCUUCCUCCAUCUCUAGCAGUCCAGUAGAAGGCAAACGUAUCAUUUGCUAAUCAUUUUUAAAGCGUUUGUUUAGUCUCGACAACCCUGUUCUGUCUACUCAUUUGUUACUUGGUUGUUGUUUUUUUUACAGUUUUCCUACACAUCUUUUUUUCCACAGCACAGUCUUAGAACUCAUGCAUGUAGGCUUGGUAUAUUGCGUUUAAUUGGAACUGGUAAAUAUUGUAUGAAUAGAUGAUAUGAUUUUAAAAGUUGUAUAGAUUCUGAUUUGUUAUAGACAAAAUCCCUGGUCAAGUUUUUUUUUCUCUCCACGUUUAUCGAUAGAAAUAAACCCAUGUCGCAAA